UUUUCUAACCCUCUGUUCUGUUUGCAUAGCCACAGACUCCCCAACUUUGGAAUGUACUGCAGAUGUCGGUCUCCAUCAAGCAAACGGGAUGGAACGGCGGACUGGAGACAAGGGUUCGCCUUCCCAGACUGGGCCUACAAACCCGAGUCGAGUCCUGGCUCACGGCAGAUCCAGCUGUGGCAUUUUAUCCUGGAACUGCUGCGCAAAGAAGAGUACCAUGAUGUCAUCGCCUGGCAGGGGGACUACGGUGAAUUCGUCAUCAAGGAUCCAGACGAGGUGGCCCGGCUCUGGGGAGUGCGGAAAUGCAAGCCUCAAAUGAACUACGACAAGCUGAGCAGGGCCCUGAGGUACUACUACAACAAGCGAAUCCUACACAAGACCAAGGGCAAACGUUUCACCUACAAGUUCAACUUUAACAAGUUGGUGCUGGUCAACUACCCUUUCAUUGACAUGGGCAUGGCAGGUGGGGCAGUGCCCCAGAGCGCCCCACCGGUGCCCUCGGGUGGCUCCCACUUCCGCUUCCCGCCCUCUACGCCGUCCGACGUGCUGUCGCCUGCCGAGGACCUGCGUUCGCCUGGCGUCUUCUCGGCCGUGGCUCGCCGCUUGGCUCGCGGCUCGGUCAGCGACUGCAGCGACGGCACUUCGGCCAACUCGGAGGUGGAGGAGUCCUUGGCUGAGGAGCAGCGGCGUGGCGGAGGGGAGGCCGGCGGCUUCCGUGGCCCCCCAGUGCCCGGCCACCCCCGCCUGGCCCACGACAGCCUCUUCAGGAUUUACCCUCGCCCUCGGGUUCCUGAGCCCCUCAGCCCUUUCCCCGUGUCUCCCUUGGCUGGGCCCGCGGCCCUUCUGCCCCCUCAGCUGUCCCCAGCCCUGCCUCUCACGCCCUCACACCUGAACUACACUCCCUCGCCUACCCUCAGCCCCAUGUAUCCGGGCGGCUCCCACUUCUCCUUCAACCCUGAGGACAUGAAGCGCUACCUCCAAGCCCACACCCAGAGCGUCUAUAACUACCACCUCAGCCCCCGGGCCUUCCUGCACUACCCUAACAUUGUCAUCCCGCAGCCGCAGCGCCUCGAGAAGCCCCCUCUCCCGCCCCCGCCCCCGCAGGCCGAAGAGCCCCCGAGCCCUUUCAAGUUCAAGCUGCAGCCCCCGCCACUGGGGCGUCGCAACCGCGACAAGCAGCAGCCCGUGGCCGUGGCCCCAGGAGAAUCCAGCAGUGGUCUGCCCUCCUCCUCCUCCUCCUCCUCUUCUUCUGCUUCUACAUCCGCCACUGAGCUGCCGCUCCCCCAGAUUAAAGUAGAGCCCAUCUCGGAGGGCGAGUCGGAGGAGGACCUCACCGUCGAGGUCACAGACAUCAGCGAAGACGAUGACGAGGAGGUCUUCAAAGCCCCUCCUGCACCGCUUGAGAAGGCCGAGGAGGAGGAGACCCGGGCGGUGGCGCCCCCUGUCUCCCGGGCUGGAGAGAGCGGCAAGUGCAUCCCGCUCAAGUUACGUUUCAAACGCCGCUGGAGCGAGGAUCAGCGGCUGGAAGCAGGCAUGGGGGCCGAAGAAACCGAUGACAAAAAGGUGAAGGGGGAAGACAGUGCCUGCAGCCACGCGGAAGGAACAGGAGGCAGACGGAUCAGCACAGAGCUCCAGCGAGCCACUGCUGAACUGACCCUGGAGAACCGGGACUCUUAGAGCUGGGAUUUGCAGCCCCCCUCCCUUCCCGGGACAGAUGGACACAUGGACGGGAGCAGAGGGGGCUGGUGUUGCUGCCUUAACUCAGAGUUUAUCUUCUUACCUUUUGUCAGUUUUCCUUCCCUUCUCUUCUCUUCCCUGUUUCUCCCGAAACUCUGUAAAUUUUAUUAUUAUUUCUUUUCUGGAAGCCAGAAAAUCUUAGGGGUGCGGAAAAUAUUGAACAGUUUUUACUUGUCUAUAUACAUAUAUAAAUAUAAAUAUAUAUAUAUAUAUAAACUCUUUGCGGGGGUGGGGGGAUUUCUAAAAAUGAAUAUGCCACGGCAAUUUUUACUCUUAAAUGUUCUCUUUCACCUGUUACCCACUUCCUUGGAGUCCUUUGAGGUAUAGAGCCCCAGGGCCUUUUUUUAAUUAGGCAAAGAAAGAAACCCCACAGAAAUAAGUAGUCGCUUUUUAAAACAAAAAGCUCCUCACUGUUUUUUUUGCCUUCAUGGGGGAUUGUACGGGUGGUCUUAGGAAAGCUAUUGCCCCAAUACCUUCCUCCUCUACCACCCCCUGCCCUCCCCCUCCCCCCCAGUAUUGGCAAGUUUAAGCACAAUAUACUUUUUAAUCCCCCAAUGGAUUGAAAAGAGAAUUAGCCAUAUAUCCUCAUAUCCAUCUCACUCCCCCAUCCAAAUAGCACUAUGAGAAGCGUGUGUGUGUCUGUGCGUGUGUGUGGAUAACUAAUAACCCCUUCUGUUUUAAAGACCCACCCACUGUAUAAGUGACGUCUUUACCAUUUAAAAUCUAGCCCAUCACUUCAUCGCGUCCUCGUCUCUCCCCCACCUGGAUUGUAAGUUGAUGUCUUUGUGAAACCUUGUGAUCAAGAGCAGUGGCAGAAGGGAGAUUCCCCCCCUUCCCCCCCUCCUCCUGUUCUCCAAAGAAAACCCUUCAUAAUACAUUGCUUUAUGUAACCAAAAAAGUGGGCUUGGGUGCCGUGCAGUCCCCUCGGCCUGUCCCACUGUGGGGUUAGGGAAGGGGGUGGGGGUUUGAAGGUUUUUUUAAAGUGCCUGUUGAAGUACUGUUUCCAAGGGAACCUAAGCAGGGAGUGGGCUGUCCUUUUACUCUCUCUCCCCGCUACUGUUGUCCCAGGAACCCAAUCCCUUCUUCCCAUUUCCUCCUUCUCCUCCCCAAAGAAAUGAAGGCACUGUUUCAUCACUUCAUUGAAUAACUCCUCCUUUUCGCCUCCCAGAGAGGGAGAAUCUGGAACCAUCCCACUCAUCUAUUGAAGAGGAAAAUGUGGGGAGGGGGCAGUAAUGUAAGGUGAUGGUGCCUUUGAAAAAGAAAGCAGGGAUUUCCCCCCCCCCCAAAACACAUCCAUGUACCCUCCCAAUUGUGCUCCAAUCCCUUACAGGCAUAUUUGCCUUUGUUCUCAGCUGCUCCCCACUUAAGCAGGAAAUAAACUUUCCAGUUCCCGUCAGGAGAGAGAGGUUGGUGCGUUUUUCCUAUGAGAAAACCGAAAGGGCCUGUUUUGGAAAGGAUGCUGUUAGCUUGAUGGCUGGCGCUGGAUCUUAAACUGCUGUUUGUGGGGUGAACAUAAAGCAGCAACAUGCUUGUGGGGUUUUUUUUUAAUACAGCCUUAUUCAGAUUCUUUGUACAUAUCAAAGAAAUGGGGGUGUCUCAUUUUAAGAAUGUAAAAAAAAAAUUAAAAAAAACCAAUAAAAGGGUUUUGAGAUUUCAUAA